GCCGGUAUUUGGAAAUAACCAGUGAGUGAAUGGACGAUACAUUUCUAACAAAGCGCAUGUAUUCUGCCUUUCCGCUUUAUCGUGUGAGGUAUGAAUGUUAAAACUGAAGCUUUACACCGGGCAGAAGAGGAAAAUCAGGCCGGGUCGGAGGCAGUUUUUCCGGCUGCAAUAAGGCGAUGGCUGCUGGAGGCUGGAGGCUCUGUGUGUCGCUUUGGUGCUUCUGCUUUCUGCUCGUCUACACACACUGUCACACAUGUAGUCACAAAGUGCCCUUGCCCUCAGAGGUGAUACACGAUGUCUACCUGAAACCAGGGAGGCUGACGAAAAGAAGCACAGAAAAGCAAUUAAAGAUACAGAUUGUUUAUGACUCCAGCUUGGAUGUGCUAGAUGAGGACAAGAGCAGUCUAGUGAAGGACAAACUCUUCCCACAAGCCAUUGAUUAUCUCCAGAGGGCUUUCAGGGUGCGUAGGCAGGCAGGUCCUGUGUUAUUAAGCAGACAAUGUGCAACAAAUCAAUAUCUGCGAAAAAAAGACGAGCCUCAUCGGUAUUGCCAAGAAGCUUGUGCAGAUAUCACAAAAUGCGGACCGGUCGUCGUGUCUGAGCAACAUUUACAGCAAUGCAGAGUGUGCAGUGAGACAUGGAAGUCAUGUGGGCCAGACGGACCUCCAGAUGGUGAGGGUGUGCAAGGGGCAGAUUUUGUGCUAUAUGUGAGUGGGGUGACCACAGAGAGAUGUGGCCAAGAAAACAUUGUGGCGUAUGCAGCAUACUGCCAGCUGGAGGCAGAACUAGACAGGCCCAUUGCUGGAUAUGCCAAUUUGUGUCCAAAUAUGAUUUCAACCCAGCUUCAGGAGUUCGAGGGAAUGCUCUCAACUGUCAAGCACGAGAUUAUGCAUGCCUUGGGUUUUUCAGCUGGGCUCUUUGCCUUUUACCAUGAUAAUGAUGGGAAACCUCUGACGCCACGCUUUGCAAGUGGCUUACCUGCAUUUAAUGAAAGUUUGGGCCUAUAUCAGUGGAGUGAUAAAGUCAUAAAGAGAGCAACACGGUUGUGGGACAUCCAUGGAGGUCACAUGAUUCGACAUGAGGUCCACCUGAUGGUCACGCCACGAGUUGUAGAAGAAGCUCGGAGACAUUUCAAAUGCCCCAUUCUUGAGGGCAUGGAGCUGGAAAACCAAGGGGGAAUGGGAACAGAGCUGAAUCACUGGGAAAAACGGUUACUAGAGAAUGAAGCGAUGACUGGAUCUCAUACACAGAACAGAGUUUUUUCCAGGAUAACACUGGCUAUAAUGGAAGAUACAGGGUGGUACAGAGCCAAUUACAGCAUGGCAGAAAACCUAGAAUGGGGCAAAGGGUUGGGCUGUGACUUUGUGAUGAAAAGCUGCAAAUUCUGGAUUGACCAGCAACGCAAAAUGAGGUCCAAGCUGAGCCCAUACUGUGACUCUGUGCGACACGGGCCUCUACAGCUCUCCUGCAGGCAGGACCAGCUGGCAGUGGUUGUGUGCAACCUGCAGAAGUAUCCUCAGCCGCUGCCUCAAGAAUAUCGGUAUUUUGACAGUAUACCUGGAGUGGCUGAAAAGGAUUUGCCCUUUUAUGGAGGUUCAGUGGAGAUUGCAGACUUUUGCCCCUUCACUCAGGAGUUCAUUUGGCAUCUGAAUGGAGGGUACCAUCGCAGCUCCUUCUGCAGAAUUCAGGAAAACCAGCCAGACACAUUGAGGAAUUUCGCGGCUGAAGAAUACGGUCCUGACUCUGUUUGUCUGUACCAGAAGUCAGCCUUCGUCAUGGAGAAGUGCAAUACACGCUUGACCUACCCAGACUGGGGAAGUGGCUGCUAUAAGACAUUGUGCUCAGCAGAGGGUUUACAGGUGUGGGUGAAGGAUCAGAGCUUCCUGUGUGUGCAUGCUGGCCAGGUGCUCAAUGUGAAUGUGCGGAUGAAUGAGUGGGUGUACAGUGGGCAGCUGAUCUGCCCUGCCUGCUCAGACUUCUGCAGCUACUGCCCUCUUCCUCAGGAGCUCCCACCAAUCAACACUACUCACACUGUUCGCAUAGACCCUUGCUCCAGCUCUUCUGGCUUGGUGGUGACUUUGUGGUGGUUGCUGUUCAACCUCAUUCCGUUGGUGGCGGGCUUCAUGCUGUGUGUGAGGAAUUAAAAUCGGUCAGUGUAAUGGUGCGAGUGCAGGAAGGAUGUGGGCGUCCCACUGCUGUAGGCUUCCUGCUGAGAUUCUUAUAUUAACAUGACACUAAGCAGUGCUCAGUGUUAUUGUACACCGUCAUCUUUCUUGUGAACAAGAAGGCAGUAGUUAAAGUUGGUUGGAAAAAGCCAUUGACUGCACUUUUGUCCAUCUUGAUAUAAAGUGCCAGUCAGCCGUAUUUGAGACCAGAAGCCAUAGUUGUACAAGAAGGCGUGCAGCAGGUGACCUUAAAAAAAACGCUGGUGCUAAUUUGUGUCGUCUUCUACAUGGACACGUAGCUUUUUUCUAGAGUUGAAGGUACAUUUUUUUUUAAAUGGCAGUGCUUAUUGGUUGUGGAUCAAUGAAUGUGAAUGUGUGUGGUGUGUCUAUAUAAAGUGGCUCAGACAAAUCCAGGAGAAACUUCCUAAAGGUGAAAGGUCCAAGCUCUAGAUUUAAUGGUAAUGUUUUUUUGGCAUGUAAGAAAAGUAAGAAGAAAAGUAAAAAAAGAAAAAAACCUAGGUAGCUCAUGAUUUCACUUUUUAUAGAUAUAUUUACUAUUACGUUUUUGUAUUUAUUUCAGUAAACAGUAUCCUAAACUGUGUCCUAGGCUUUUUAAUUGUACAUUUUAAUUAAGCAACGACUGUCAGACUGAUUUAAUAUAACAACCGAUGCACUAAUUUGAAAACCUAAUAGAGAUGCACUAGUGUAAACAUGCAAAUUCUUGAAGAAUUUUUUUUUUUUUUUGGCACUUUUAGUCCAAAAUGGCAUUGUCAUUAUCAUCAUUCUAUUACAACAAAGCUCAGUUCCAUGCUUAAAAGAAUGGGGCAUGUAAGUUGUUGUUUUUUAAAAUUAAUUUAUAAUAUUUUUUUUUUUUACACUUUA